GCGUGACACAGGUCCCAAGGUCUCUAGCUCCGYGGAAGCGCCCCAGGUGUGCUAGGGACGACCCGGUCCCCGCUGUGAGGUCUCCACCUCUACGGCUGGGGCCGGUUUCCGAAGCGCUCAGACGCGGGGUCCCCGGGCGAGAGGYUCACGGUCGCCCUAGGGACUCAAGGGUCUGUCGUGCCCCUGCUCCGCAGAUGCCAGCGAUUGCGGUGCUCGCGGCGGCCGCCGCGGCGUGGUGCUUCCUCCAAGUCGAGAGCMGGCACCUGGACGCUUUCGCCCGAGGCGCGGGCCUCGACAACGGCAAUUUCCUGGACAAUGACCAGUGGCUGAGCACCGUCUCUCAGUAUGACCGGGACAAAUACUGGAACCGCUUCCGAGACGAUGAUUAUUUCAGAAACUGGAAUCCCAACAAGCCCUUUGACCAAGCCCUGGACCCAUCCAAGGACCCCUGCCUGAAGGUGAAAUGCAGCCCUCACAAAGUGUGUGUGACCCAGGACUACCAGACAGCCCUGUGUGUCAGCCGCAAGCACCUGCUGCCCAGGCAAAAGAAGGGGAACGUGGCCCACAAACACUGGGUUGGACCUUCAAAUUUGGUCAAGUGCAAGCCCUGCCCUGUGGCUCCGUCGGCCAUGGUCUGUGGCUCUGAUGGUCACACCUACACGUCCAAGUGCAAGUUGGAGUUCCAUGCUUGUUCUACUAGCAAAAGCCUCACCAGCCUCUGUGAUGGGCCUUGUCCAUGUCUCCCGGAGCCUGAGCCACCAAAACACAAGGCAGAAAAGAAUGCCUGCACGGACAAGGAACUGAGGAAUCUUGCCUCCCGGCUGAAAGACUGGUUUGGAGCUCUGCAUGAGGAUGCAAACAGGGUCAUCAAGCCCACCAGCUCCGACACAGCCCAAGGCAGAUUUGAUACCAGCAUCCUGCCCAUCUGCAAAGACUCCCUGGGCUGGAUGUUCAAUAAGUUGGACAUGAACUAUGACCUGCUGCUUGACCACUCAGAGAUCAAUGCCAUCUACCUGGAUAAGUACGAGCCCUGUAUCAAGCCACUCUUCAACUCUUGUGACUCCUUCAAGGAUGGCAAGCUGUCUAACAACGAGUGGUGCUACUGCUUCCAGAAGCCUGGAGGUCUCCCUUGCCAGAAUGAAAUGAACAGAAUUCAGAAGCUGAGCAAGGGGAAAAGCCUGUUGGGGGCAUUCAUACCACGGUGCAAUGAGGAUGGCUAUUACAAAGCCACCCAGUGCCAUGGCAGCACAGGACAGUGCUGGUGUGUGGAUAAAUACGGGAAUGAGCUGGCUGGCUCCAGGAAACAGGGUGCUGUGAGCUGUGAAGAGGAGCAGGAAACCUCCGGGGACUUUGGCAGUGGUGGCUCCGUGGUCUUGCUGGAUGACCUAGAGGAUGAACGGGAGCUGGGACCAAAGGACAAAGGGGGGAAGCUGAGGGUGCACACCCGAGCUGUGACAGAGGACGACGAGGAUGAGGAUGACGACAAAGAAGACGAGGUUGGGUACAUAUGGUAGUGCCCCCAUGAGGAAGAGGACAUGCGUUUUGCUCAAUAUUGCAAGACACUUCCUGUUCCUGCAUUUGUAUCUAAGACUCCAAGGCACCAAGGUCUUCUCCACUGUUGCUCUCUGUACCCAACCUAAGGUUUGGAAGUCAACUGCCUGUCCCCAGAGCUUUCUGAUUUUGCAUACAGUUGUGUGGGAGAAAGGUGUUGUUUUGGGUUUUACUUUUAUUAUUUUUUUUCUUUUUUAUGUUUUUGACAAGAGAACGGUUGGCUUAAUUAGAGCCUUCUUCCCUCCUGUGAGAUUUCUGCCACAAGCAUGUGAUUUAUUGGAAUUCCAGCAGUGCAGGGAGCCCCCACCCUCUGAAACGUCAAAGACCCUUUUUGAUUACCCACAUCGGUGGUUAUCACAGCAUGGUUCCCAGCCUUACGGUGUCUCAGUGCUUUUCUUGUGUCCUGUAGCUGUCGUG